CGCCGGCGAUGUAGAAAUAUAUUAAUUGUGUUCUGUUUAAGAAACUUCCCGCGAAAGAUGAUAGUAAUUAAAAUUGGCUCAAGAAGCUUUCACAUCUAUGAGCUACUCUUGCUUGGCGGAUGCAUUACUCUUUUUAUAUACUUGGUGCUGCCUUAUCGCUUCGCUUCGCACUACGACUACAUACCUGACGAUGAUAUAGAGCGUAUGCUGUUGCCCCAGGUCACACCUAAUGUGACUCACCAGCAGGGGUUCGACUGUAGUUAUGAGGAACUGAUCAUAGGCAGUCGUUUUGUGUACGAUGCACAUUUUCGCGAGCGACUGCUUCAUAGCGAGCAGAUUCAACCUGGUGGAGAGUAUCAGCCGGAACAUUGUCGUGCCAGGUACAGCACAGCCAUUAUAGUGCCGUAUAGGCAGCGAGAGGAGCAGCUUCAUGCCUUUCUUACCUACAUGCACAACUAUCUGCGCCAGCAAUUAAUUCAUUAUCGAAUUUUUCUUGUGGAGCAGUACGAUCGGAAGCCCUUCAAUCGUGCCACUCUCUUCAACAUUGGGGCGCAAGUGGCGGCUGAGUAUGAUUUCCCGUGCCUGAUAUUGCACGACGUGGAUUUGAUGCCUUUGAACUCCGGUCAGAUCUACGCGUGCACGGAACGGCCCAGACAUAUGUGUUCGGCACUCGAUCAAUGGCGUUUUCAUCUGCCCUAUCGAGGUCUGUUCGGUGGGGUGGUGGCCAUUAAUACGGCACAAUUUCAGAUGAUAAAUGGCAUGUCAAAUUUAUAUCAUGGUUGGGGUGGCGAGGAUGAUGACCUAUACGAGCGUCUGAGCUCCCAUGGCUAUGAUAUAUGUCGCUUUCCGCCAGCGUAUAGUGAAUACACAAUGCUCAAGCACAAGCCAGAGGUUCCAAAUGCAAAUCGUAAUGCUCUUUUGCAUGCCGCCGCCUUGCGCUUCGAUACAGACGGUCUGAACUCACUGGUCUUCACGGAAGUGGAGCGUCGCCUGCACAGUCUGUUUACGCACAUUCUGGUAGAAACUUAGAACCAUGGAGAUUGCGUCACGCUUUGCCUUCCCAGUUGUUAGUUAGCUUUUAGGCCAGAAUUGUCGAGCAAAUUCUUGACUUGUUUGUAGUUGGUUAAGUAAUUAGUUUAUAAGUAAAGUUUGGCAUUCUAGUCCAGUCUGUCUUAUUGCAUAAGUUAGAUAAUAAUUUUAGGUAAUACGUGUGAUAUUUCAAGUAAUAUCAAUUGAACUUUAAUAUUUAACAUUGUAAUAAGUACGUUUCAAACCUAAGAGAUUAAUUUCAGUCAUUUUUUACUAAUAUAUCGAACUCAAAGACAAACUAGUGAUCUAAAAUGCCAAACUCUAUUUAUAGGCAUUGUUAAAUGAAUCGCAUUUUGAAUUGUUUUAGAUUUAAAAUGCACUUAUCGCUAAAUAAU